GUGACUGCGUGCCCGGAACCUGAGACGACAUUGGAGGGCCUUGGUGCAGAGAGGAUCUAGAGGCUUGGAGAACCUGUCUAGGAAGGCGCUCAGGUUUCACGUUAUUUAUGUGUAUGGACUAUUAAUUGAUGCUGAAUUUCUCAUCUGGGAGCACCUGAACUCUGAAACCCUCUCUUGGAAUGCCUACCGUUGCCUUUGUCUUCUAGAGUUCAUAUUUACCAACUAAGAAAACGUGAAGAUGAGCAGCCGACGGAAACGUGCCCCUCCGGUGAAAGUAGAUGAAGCAAAGCAGCAGCAGCUCUGCUGGAACAUGCACGAGGACAGAAGAAAUGAACCCCUCACCCUCACUGAUGACGAGCAGCCCGACCCAGGUCCAGAUUCCUCUUCUGCACAUUGCGUCAUCCUAGAUGAUGGUCUAACGGAAGACGUGGCUCACAGAGAUAAAAGGAGAUGUCCGGAGACAGUGAGCAUCUCGAAAGCAAUCGAUAGAGAAGAGACUGCUGACAGUGUUUCUCCUUCAUCUGCAAAGCUGAAUAUUGUGAUUUCUCCCAGUCACUUCGAUAAUUCUUGGAAAGCGUUACUAGGAGAAUUCACUCUUCAGCUUCUUCCUGAACAGAGUUUAACAGAAAACUUUUCUGAAAGGAGUUUUACGCUGAUUAGUUCAGAGUCAAGCAGUCAGUUCCUAAUCCAUACUCAUCCAGAAUGCAUAGGUGCAGAGAAACAAGAAAAAGGACUCAACGAGCCAGUCAGUGUUUGUGACAAGGGUAUCCGUGUGGAAUCAUCCUUCAGUGGUGAAAUGUUGGAAGAUUUGGGGUGGCUGCAAAAGAAGAGAAGAAUAAAACUUUACCAGAAACCAGAAGGAAAUGACAUUAUUAAGGUUGGAAUUUAUCUUUUGGAAGAUGGCUUAGCAAAACUAGACUUUUUGAGUGAUGCAAGUUCAAGAAUGAAAAAGUUCAAUCAACUCAUGAAGAGAGUGAUGGAAAAGUUAUAUAAUUUUAUUAUUACAGAUGUGUUGGAAGAGGAUGAGGAGGAUUCAGAUAGCGAGCCAGAGGGACAAGACAUUGAUGAGCUCUAUCACUUUGUGAAGCAAACGCAUCAGCAAGAAACACAGUCCAUCCAAGUGGAUGUCCAACAUCCUGCAUUGAUUCCUGUGUUGAGACCGUACCAAAGAGAGGCUGUCAAUUGGAUGCUGCAACAAGAGCAUUUCAGAAGCGCUCCUGCUAGUGAAAAUGCCCUGCACUUCCUAUGGCGAGAGAUCAUUACAUCUGAGGGUCUGAAACUCUACUACAAUCCAUACACAGGCUGCAUUAUCCGUGAGUACCCAAGUGCUGGGCCACAGUUGUUUGGUGGAAUCUUAGCAGAUGAGAUGGGUCUUGGAAAGACAGUGGAGGUUUUGGCUCUGAUUCUGACACAUACUCGACAAGAUGUCAAACAAGAUGCGCUGACUGUUCCUGAGGGAAAAGUGGUGAAUUAUUUCACUCCAUCACAUUGUUCUGGAGGACAAGUAAAAAACACAGAAACUCAAAACAUGGGGAAUGAACCAAAAGAAAAAGUUCAGUGCCCCCCUACACGUGUGAUGAUCCUGACAGCUGUGAAAGAAAUGAAUGGAAAAAAAGGCGUUUCCAUCCUUUCCAUCUAUAAGUAUGUCAGCUCUAUAUACAGAUAUGAUGUUCAGCGUAACAGGAGUCUUCUGAAACGGAUGCUGAAAUGUUUGAUUUUUGAAGGUCUUGUGAAGCAAAUCAAAGGCCAUGGUUUUUCUGGGACUUUUACAUUGGGGAAGAAUUACAAGGAAGAAGAUAUAUAUGAUAAAACAAAAAAGCAGGCAGUGUGGAGUCCAAGGAAAAUUCAGAAAGAAUCCAGGAAAUCAGUGAGCAAGGACACAGAUUCUGAGUACUUGCCAUCAAACACCUCUGAGGAUGAUGAUGAUCCAUACUAUUAUUAUGAUAAGCCCAGGAGAAACCGUAGUAAAAUGAGGAAAAAGCCUGUUUCAUCCACAAAAAAGGACAAAAGUCAGCCUGACAUCAAUCUCAGUUCCCAAGAUCGCGAUCCAGCUACAAGUGACUCUGGAAUUACUGACGUUACCACCUCCAAAAGCACAUGUGUCCUUGAAGUCCAGCAAGAACAUGCAACAGAGGACCAAGCUGAAUCUCUAAACCCCACAGGUGGUGAUGUUCCACAUUCUAAUGUCGCGAGUCUCUGUAAUUCAUCUGAUUAUCGCUUCGAGUGUAUCUGUGGUGAACUUGACCAUAUGGACCGUAAGCCUCGUGUUCAGUGCCUGAAAUGCCACCUGUGGCAACAUGCAGAAUGUGUGAAUUAUGAAGAGAAGAAUCUGAAGAUUAAGCCUUUUUACUGCCCCCACUGCCUUGUUGCAAUGGAGCCAGUAUCAACAAGAGCAACUCUGAUCAUCUCGCCCAGUUCCAUCUGUCACCAGUGGGUGGACGAAAUCAACAGGCACGUGCGGUCCUCAUCCCUUCGAGUCUUGGUAUAUCAAGGAGUGAAGAAACAUGGCUUUCUACAGCCUCACUUUUUGGCAGAACAGGAUAUAGUUAUCAUUACCUAUGAUGUCCUUCGUUCAGAGCUGAAUUACGUAGAUAUCCCACACAGCAACAGUGAGGACGGGCGUCGCUUACGGAACCAGAAGCGCUACAUGGCCAUCCCCAGCCCCCUCGUUGCUGUGGAGUGGUGGAGGAUCUGUCUGGAUGAAGCUCAGAUGGUUGAAUGUCCUGCUGUCAAGGCUGCAGAAAUGGCUCAGCGCUUGAGCGGCAUCAAUCGCUGGUGCAUCAGUGGCACUCCGGUGCAGAGAGGACUGGAGGAUCUUUUCGGGUUAGUGGUCUUUCUCGGUGUGGAACCUUUCUGUGUCCGACACUGGUGGGUUCGGCUUCUCUAUCGCCCUUACUGCAAGAAGAAUCCUCAGCCCCUCUACAGCUUCAUUGCCAAGAUUCUGUGGAGGUCUGCGAAGAAAGAUGUGAUUGACCAAAUUCAAAUACCUCCUCAGACGGAGGAAACGCACUGGCUCCACUUCUCUCCGGUGGAGAGGCAUUUCUACCACCGGCAGCAUGAGGUGUGCUGCCAGGACGCGGUCGUCAAGCUCAGGAAGAUCUCCGACUGGGCUCUGAAGCUCAGCAGCCUGGACAGAAGGACUGUCACCUCCAUCCUGUACCCACUGCUGAGGCUCAGACAGGCCUGCUGCCACCCACAGGCCGUUCGCGGGGAGUUCCUGCCACUCCAAAAAAGCACCAUGACCAUGGAAGAGCUUCUCACAUCCCUGCAGAAGAAAUGUGCAACUGAAUGUGAGGAAGCACAUCGGCAGCUCGUUUGUGCUCUCAAUGGCCUAGCAGGCAUCCACAUCAUUAAAGGCGAGUAUGCGCUGGCAGCGGAACUGUACAGGGAAGUGCUGCGUUCAUCAGAGGAGCACAAAGGGAAACUCAAAACCGAUUCACUCCAAAGACUUCAUGCUACUCAUAAUUUGAUGGAAUUGUUGGUAGCCAAGCACCCGGGGAUACCUCCUACCUUGCGAGACGGCAGACUUGAGGAAGAGGCCAGGCAGCUGCGGGAGCACUACAUGAGCAAGUGCAACACCGAGGUCGCCGAAGCGCAGCAGGCUCUGCUGCCUGUGCAGCAGACCAUCCGGGAGCUCCAGAGAAAGAUUUAUUCCAAUUCUCCUUGGUGGCUAAAUGUGAUCCACAGAGCAAUAGAAUUUUCUAUUGAUGAGGAGCUUGUUCAACGAGUGCGAAAUGAAAUAACCAGCAACUACAAGCAGCAAACUAGCAAGCUUUCUAUGUCAGAGAAGUUCCGUGACUGCAGAGGUCUUCAGUUCCUGCUAACAACACAAAUGGAAGAACUAACUAAAUUCCAGAAGCUGGUAAGAGAAGCAGUGAAGAACCUGGAGGGACCUCCGUCUCGUAGUGUUAUUGAGUCUGCGACAAUCUGCCACCUCCGACCAGCCAGACUUCCUCUCAACUGCUGUGUCUUCUGUAAGGCUGAUGAAUUGUUCACAGAGUACGAAUCAAAGCUGUUUUCUCACACAGUCAAAGGCCAGACUGCAAUAUUUGAGGAGAUGAUAGAAGAUGAAGAAGGACUGGUGGAUGAUCGAAUACCUACCACCAGCCGGGGUCUGUGGGCAAUAAGCGAGACAGAGCGGUCUAUGAAAGCUCUCCUGUCAUUUGCAAAGUCACAUAGAUUUGAUAUUCAGUUCAUUGAUGAAGGAAGUACUUCAAUGGAUCUCUUUGAAGCUUGGAAGAAGGAAUAUAAGUUGCUUCAUGAAUAUUGGAUGGCUCUGAGGAAUCGUGUGUCGGCUAUUGAUGAACUGGCUAUGGCUACAGAACGUCUAAGAGUUCGGGACCCUAGAGAGCCAAAGCCCAACCCACCCGUUCUUCACAUCAUCGAACCACAUGAGGUAGAGCAAAAUCGGAUAAAGCUACUAAAUGAUAAAGCUGUUGCUACAUCACAGCUUCAGAAAAAACUUGGGCAGCUUCUUUACCUAACGAACUUGGAAAAGUCUCAAGACAAAACAUCAGGAGGUAUCAAUCCAGAGCCUUGUCCUAUCUGUGCUCGGCAGCUGGGAAAACAGUGGGCAGUCCUGACCUGUGGGCACUGUUUCUGUAAUGAGUGCACUUCUAUUAUUAUCGAGCAGUACAGUGUGGGGUCUCACAGAAGUUCCAUUAAGUGUGCCAUCUGUCGCCAGACGACAUCCCACAAAGAAAUCUCAUAUGUCUUCACGUCAGAGAAAGCCAGCCAGGAAGAGGACAUCCCUGUGAAGGGCAGUCAUUCUACAAAAGUGGAAGCUGUGGUCAGAACUCUGAUGAGAAUCCAGCUGAGAGAUCCAGGAGCUAAAGCACUCGUUUUUUCAACGUGGCAAGAUGUCCUAGAUAUUAUUUCAAAAGCUCUCACUGACAACAACAUGGAAUUUGCACAGAUCAGUCGUGUUAAAACAUUUCAGGAGAACCUUUCAGCAUUUAAACAUGAUCCCCAAAUCAAUAUUUUGCUGCUGCCCCUGCACACAGGUUCUAAUGGAUUAACUAUCAUUGAAGCUACUCAUGUUCUGUUGGUGGAGCCCAUACUGAACCCUGCCCAUGAGCUCCAGGCCAUAGGAAGGGUGCACCGAAUUGGACAAACAAAACCUACCAUUGUACACAGAUUCUUAAUUAAAGCAACAAUAGAAGAAAGAAUGCAAGCAAUGCUGAAAACUGCAGAGAGGAGUCACACGAACUCAGCGGGGAAGCACUCGGAGGCCUCCGUCUUGACGGUGGCGGAUCUGGCAGACCUGUUCACCAAAGACACCGAAGACCUUGAAUGAAGCGCUCUUGAUUCAGUCUGCAAACUUUAACGUAUUUAAAGACUCUCAUAGCUUGUGGAGCGAAGUUAUAAGUGAAGCAUCCAGUAGAUGUCAGUGUAUACUGUCCUUAGUUGAAUGAAUUUCUUUUCUCUGAGUUGUACAGUGCCCUAGCAGUGAUUGAGCCCUUUUCAAUAUACUGUUUCCAGAAGACCUAUGAAGAUUUUUAAUUUUUCACUCUUAAUAAAACAUUUAUUUUUGUUCCAAAGGAUAUCUAUAUGUGAGGGAAUUGAGACAGGUAAUACGUACUUUUCUUUCCAUAACGUUUGUCUUAAAACGAGUUGGAUUAAGAGAAAGUAAACUAGCCUAGUUUUAUAUGACCUAGUUCUUCAGCCAACGUGAAUCUCAUUUUCGGAAGGGCCUACAGUAUCUUUAGCACAUAAGUCAGCAAUAUCUCGUUAGUAAUAUUUUAAGUAGAUGAUGAAUUAUAUUCACUCCUAGUUAAGUAAAUUUAGAAUAUAACUCCAUACAUAGUAACAUUACAGUAAUACCAUUCCAACAGUAAGUUAGUAUUAGGCCAUUAUUUCUUUUUUUCUGUAUCUUGCUAUGAAAAAUUGAAAUACUGAUCAUUUUUCCUAUUGUUAUUACAUGUUAAGUAGUGUCAGGGUAAACAGUUAACUUUAACUAGGGUUUUUCAGUGUAUUAAUGUUUACCUUAAAAUUAUCUAACCUGCUUUCUCUACUUUUAUUUUUUCUUAUUGUUAAGUUUUUGUGUGUUUUAAGAUGGAGGUAUCUGUAAAUAUUACAAUUUUUGUAACUUCAGUCCUUAUCAUUGUAACAUGGAAAUAUGGCAGGUUUUUAAAAAAUCAUUAUAUUGACGUCCUGCAGUCUUUUCCUUUCCCAUGUUCUGUGUAACUAGACUUUCAACCACAAAUAUCUAAAUUUAUUAUUGGGUUUCUUAUUUUAUUCCACUAGUACUUAUCUCAGUGACUAGUAUUUUAUCUUUGAAGUAAGAGAAUGUCAUAUUUACAUAAGCAAAUAAUUGCAAGUGCUAAUAACUUAGUGUUUCUUCUUCUGUGAAGAAUUAAUGGACUUUGAAAUUGGUAACUAAGGAGUAGUAGAUUAUCAUAUCCUAGUCAUUUGAUGUAAUACAAAUGUUCUCGUUUUGUUUUCUUUGAGCCUUCAAAGUUUUAAAUGACCCUCAGGACUCAUUAGCUUCUGCUUAGCUACCCAGAAACCUGUAACAGAAAUGUCCCCUGGAUCACAUGUGUCCGAGAGGCUUUGGUGCUUAGUGAAGGUGCAUUUUCUUAUUCUAGGUUUGACGUAAACAGCUGAAGAAAACACACACACACUUUUGGUGCUUAUUCUUCAGUUGAAGAAAGAUAUGCAUUGAUUCUUUUGUAUGAAAUGAAACAGAACUAUUCUUUUUUACAGCUCUUUACAUAUUGUAAAGAGCUUUCCUGUACAUUCAUGUGUUUAGUUUGCCCAACAACCCUGUGAAGCUGGUAUAAUUAAUACCACUCUUGUUUUGAAGGGAGAGAACCAAGAUUCAGAAACAUUGAGAAACGAGCCUGUGACCCACGCAGGCGAGACCGCGCAGCGCGGGUCUCCAGCUCUGCCUCAGAGCUCGCGUUCUGUCUCCCCAGCAUCUGUGAUGUCAACUCAGAAACCCAGUGGUUAUGAUUUAAUGAUGCGCAUAUUUUAGUAUUUCUAUUUGUUUCCUAGUGUUCCUUUUGAGCUGCAGUUGUAGGGGAAGCAAUUUGAUAUGCUUCAAUUUUGUAAAAAACUAUAUAUACAUAUAAAUAUACCUAUCUGUACUAGAGGAAAAACUCUUAUUUAUUUCUGUAAGAUGUCAUCAGUUAAUAAAUAUUUUAGUGGAAGUUGAAAUCUGGGGAUUUAUUUAAUUUCUGAGCUGUAGAACAUGCAGUGUGGGGUUUGUUUUCUUUUUUGGUUUUUUGUUUGUUUUGGUCUCAACAAAAGAUGUCAAAAUUGUUUAUACUACUGAAUCCCAUAUUUUACAGACAUUUGUACUUCUUUAAAACAAUUGUGGCAAUUCUUCCAAAUAAUCGUUCAAAACAAAUUCAGAUCUAACCCAAGAAGACGUGUCUUCUUGGCUGCAAACGAAGGGCUUUUUUGUUCCCUUCCUCCAUCACUGUAUGUUCUCUGAAAUACCACUUUGCUUAUAACAGCUGUUUUUAAAUGGGUGCUGUACUAAUGAAUCAUGAGAGAGAAUGAGACAGCUCCAGUCCUUAAGAGAGGACAAAACCUUAAAUGUGUUUUGACGUAGGGAAACAUUUUCUAUUAAGUGAGUCAGGUGAGCUUAUAAGACUGAAAAGACAAUUAUAUACAAUGUAAAAUACAUGUACCUAAUUCUGUAAUCUUUUGCUUCAACCCCAGAUAGCAUUGCUGUGUUUUACUGCAAUUUUUAUUUCUGCUCUUGGCAUAUUGAUGCAUGUAUUUGAUUUUAGUGAUCGGUCCCUUUUGUGUCACAUUAAUAACAACACACUAAAAACUCUUAUCAUGAUAAUUCAACAUGCAAAUCACCAAUACCUUACAAGUUAAUUAGUCAGCCUAACUGUACUUAUCAAAAUGUUUAGGAACUGAAUUGAGCAAUGUAAAGUUAAUCAUCACCUCAAACAAAGGAAGAAAUGAUGUCUGAAAUCUUCCCGGGCUCUCAUUUACUAGUUCUCCCGAGAUUUAGGGUGUUAGAGUUCUUGAUGUUUAUUAAACUCAAAAGAUCAUCUUUAAGAAAUGCCAAA